GAUGUACAUCAUCUCGCCACUAUUUUGUUGUCUGCAUCCUGUGUUCCUAUUCAGCUGUUGCUAGGCAACAAGGAAACCAAUGUCUGUUUCCCUGAUCUAUAACAUGGGCCGCGCUAAUAUGAAGGAAAUCGUUCGAUCUGUGUUGAUAAUGUGACUAUUUGUAACCAACCAGAACCGUUCAGCCUUGGAUUUGCUGGCUGGAUGGGAUUGUCUUAUAUCUGAAGGAGCCUGAAUACAGAAGCUGUGCAUUAUCUGAUGAAGCUCAGCUAAGACACAUCAGAGAAAACAUGGUUGUCUUAACUACCCUGAGAUCACCUUGUAUCAAUGAGAAUAAUGGGAAAGACCACGGAGAAUGGAGCCUUGAAGAGGAUGAUCAUGGCAACAAGAUGCCAGCUGCAGCUGGGGAUGGCAUCAGCGAGUCUCCCCCAAGGUUCCUGCUUGGGGAGAAGCCCCCAGUGCAAAUUGAGGAUUCCUUCCUGCCAUCCUGCGUGAGCAACGUGUCCCGGGAUACCCUGCGCAACUUCCAGCACACCAAGAGAGUGGGCAACUACCUGAUCGGAAGGAAGCUGGGAGAGGGCUCCUUUGCCAAAGUCAGAGAAGGGCUACAUGUGGUCACUGGAGAAAGGGUGGCUGUGAAAGUUAUCGAUAAGAAGAAAGCCAAGAAGGACACUUAUGUCACCAAGAACUUGCGUCGGGAGGGUCAGAUCCAACAGAUGAUCCGACACCCCAAUAUUACGCAGCUGCUGGAUAUCUUGGAGACGGAGAAUAGUUAUUAUUUGGUUAUGGAGCUCUGCUGUGGCGGAAAUCUCAUGCAUAAAAUUUAUGACAAAAAAAGACUGGAAGAGCACGAGGCAAGAAAAUAUAUCCGGCAACUGAUUCAAGCUGUCGAACAUCUGCACCGCGCUGGAGUUGUCCAUCGAGACUUGAAGAUUGAAAAUCUGUUACUAGAUGAGAACAACAACAUCAAGCUUAUCGAUUUUGGAUUAAGCAAUUGUGCCGGAAUUCUGGGCUACACGGACCCAUUCAGUACACAGUGUGGAAGUCCUGCCUAUGCCGCUCCAGAACUCCUGGCAAGGAAGAAAUAUGGACCCAAGGUGGACGUCUGGUCUAUUGGAGUUAACAUGUACGCCAUGCUGACUGGCACACUGCCAUUUACCGUGGAGCCCUUUAGCCUGAGAGCUUUGUAUCAGAAGAUGGUAGACAAAGCCAUGAAUCCGCUGCCCUCCCACCUCUCUCCUGCUGCUUCAAAUUUCCUUCGUUCUCUGCUGGAACCAGAUCCUCUGAAAAGGCCGAACAUACAGCAAGCACUGGCAAAUCGAUGGCUAAAUGACAAUUAUCAUGGAAAAGGCGUUCACACCUAUCCAAACAGGAUCCAUCUUGAAGACUUGAGUCAGAGCGUGAUCCGUCACAUGUCGGAGAAGCUUGGCUAUAAGCACAGUGACGUCAUCAAUGCCAUCCUCUCCAACCGCGCCUGUCAUACCCUUACUGUGUACUUCCUGCUAAACCGGAAACUGGAGCGCUACUUGAUCACCAUGAGGAAACCUGACAUUAAUGACAACGUUUGCCACAAGAACCAGAUGCAUCCAUUAGAAAAAUACAAGUCCAAUAAGAACUCAUACGAGGAACGAAAACCUAAAGAUGCCGAAAAGCAAAGAGACCAGCGUUGUCAAAAGAAAAUGGAGAAGUGUUCUCCAUCCCAUAGGCAGCCCCCAUGUGUGGUGACACAAGGCCAUAACUCCAAGCCUCCCGUCAAGGAGAGAAAGUCGUCAAAGUCUGAGCGGGAAUCCAUUACUGGGUUAAGCCCAUUCCAUGAAGUCAGGUUAAACAAGCCAGCCUGCGUCACCUCCUGUUCUUUAGAAUAUUUGGAAUUGCAAAGUCCAGAUCCAAGAACGCCUAAAAUCAUGAGACGUCAAGACUCCCACUCACAAGAGACUGUGAACAUGAACAUGAGCGUUCGUAUGAGGGAGCCUCAUCUGAAUGUUGUUCGUUCCUUUGAAUCUGUGAACAGAGAAGACCAAAUAGAAUUGUCUCCUUCCCACCAGUAUCGGGUCAUAGGGUCUCCGGUGUCCUUCUCCCCUCGUCAUUCCAGUGAAAGGACUCUAUCCCCCAUCUUUCAGUUUGACAGCACAACUCCUGUGAAGGCUCAUUCCACCCUUUCAUCUUUCACAUAUGAGGACAAAAGUAGCCCAUCCAGCUCUGAAUCCAUGUCCCCAACUUCUCCCCAUUCCCCAUCAUGUAACAAUAACGGCAACUUGGGAAGCCCAAACUGUGUUAGAAGCCGAGGUCGAUUUCCCAUGAUGGGCAUUGGACAGAUGUUGAGAAAGAGGAGUCAGGUUACCUCUCCUAAACCUGAUAACUCAUUGGAAUCUCGAAUGCCACCACUGCAACAGAUGAGCCCGGGUUAUACCAAUUUCAACUCCAGCGACCUGAAUGGGUUUUGCUGAUUGGACAUCUGUUUGAGAACUGUGAGGGUUAAAACCCCAUUGUAAAAAAGAAGAGAACUUUGUUAAUUAUAUUUGUAAAUGUGAAUUUUGUAAUUUUCCUCAUCGUAUCAAGAUCAUUUGUAUGUGUUUUAUUUUAUGCAUUGACUUCUCCAUCACUUUCCGAGAAUUGCACUUCUAUGGCAGUGAUGCCAGGGAAACUACGCGAACUCUGUCUGGUACAGUGACAAUACUGACUAUUUUUAUGGGAACAAUUUCUUCAUCUAUUACAAAUGGACAUUUUUGAGGACAUGCAGAAAAACAAAGUUCUACAGUAACUGAUCUCCGAAAAGAGCUGUGGUCUACUGACACUACCUACCAUGGACCAAACCUGAUUCCUAAGCUGUUCAUUUCCAGCACUGACCUUGAACACUAUGGAACUGGAACAACUUGCAUUGGAAAUGGUUGUUGUACACAUUAAGAUUUUCUCAUUGCGCAUCAAAGUGUUAUGAUGUUAAUAUUUGACAGUGUCACCAUAUUCCUCAAGCUCAUUGUUUUACACCAUUCUGUCUUGACUUUUUAACUCAUGAAUUAUUAUUAUUAUUUGUUUUUAUAAAACCAUAAGCUGCUCUUUGAAGACACGUGAAGGAAAGUGUGGCAUUGUUUUUUGGUAAUAUGGUACAUUAGGAUCUCUUUUUGACUUUCUGUUAGAGAAGGCACCAUGUAAAGGGCCAGCAAAUUGAUUUGAGACUAUUUUUUCAGUUUUUUUGUUUUAAAGCAUUUUAAAAUGUUACUCCACCCAAAACAAAAUAGCAUGAUUUCAGAGUUAUAUUAAGGUAUGUUCACACGUACAGGAUCUGCUUCAUAUAUUUGCUGCAUAUUAUGUGCAGAUGAUUUUGCUACCCAUUAAAGGGGUACUCCACUGCCCCAGCAUUCAGAACAUUUUGUUCUGAUUGCUGGCUGCGGGGUCGUGCCGCCACGCCAUGCCCCCUCAAUGUAACCCAUAGACUUGCAUUGAGGCAGCGUGGCCGUGACAUAACGACCCCGCAGACCACACCCAGCAUUCGGAACAAAAUUAUCCGAACGCUGGGGCAAUGGAGAACCACUUCAAUCGGCAGCAAAAUCAGGUGCAGAUAAUAUGCUUGUUAACCCUUAAAGUAUUUGUCUGCCAAUCAACAUACUGUUUGGGUCUUCAGUGUUCCAGCUAAGGGCCUGUUCACACAACGAUUGUAGUGUACGGGAACCGGAUACUGCUGGGGGGAGCAAAAACUGGGUGCUUCCGUAUCCCAGCCGGAUCCAGCCCGAACCCCAUUCAUUUCAAUGAGCUGACCGGAGUCAAACGCUGACUCCGGUCGGCUCAUUUUUGUCCCGUAUACAGUUCUCUAACCGAACCUAACACCAUGCACGUGAAGUAUCUCGACAGCUCCACUCUUCCUCACCUGCGCUCGGACAGGCCAGCAGCGCACCUGGCCCAAUGUGAUAGGCAAACGAAAAAUGGAAAUGUCCAGCGCUUUUGGAUGCAAGUAUUUCGGCUUUAU